GUUGACCGUUGGCGCUUUGCGAUCCUGCCAUCGCCACCCUCCACCCACCGGCCGCGCGUGCGCGGAAGCGAGGCAGCGAGGUCCACGAGCGACCCGUCCACCCCCCCCCCCCCCCUUCAAUCCGCCCGCCGCCUCCGCCUCGCGUCGCGCAGCGCCCCUCGCCUACUUUUCAGCGAUCGCCCCCGCGCCGUGCCAGUCCACAGUCGCCGCCGUUCCCGCCGCGCAAGCGUCCGUGGACUGGACGUGGAGCGGAUUCCGUGGGGUACUCGGCCACGCCACUGUCACACUCCUCCGCGCGCCCCUCGCUUGAGGAGCUGUCGGUCGGUGCCCCGUCGGCCGAACCCCAUUCUUCACCUCUGCUGACGCCGACACCGCAGCAUGGUCCUGGCAGCGGCAGGCCUGCGCACCGCGUCACCUCGCCUGGCGUCGUCGUCGCCCCGCACGCGCUCGGCCGCCUGACGCUGCCUGGUGCCUGCCUGCCUACCGGGUGCGAGAGGGUGGGAGGGAGGGAGCAGGGGCGCCGGCAUGAGGGACGACGGGGCGGCGGGCUCCGCGGCGGAGCUGCUGUCGCCGCGGCUGCUGGUGUCGCCCUCCAGCCGCGUCCAGGAGCUCGAGAGGUUCUCGCAUUACGUCGCUAGGCAAAUUGGAUUUGACGAUGUCAAUGAAUGCCCCCACCUGUGCACACUAGCUUACGAUUACCUGAGGAAGAAUAAGGGCUAUGAAGACAAUAUUUUUGCAUUCUUCCAAAAUAGCGGGGACCCUGACCCCCUGAUUGUGAAGUUUAUCGAGGAACUCGACAAGUGUAUACUUGGCUACUUCUCCUUCCAUUGGAACUAUGCAACUUACAUAAUUACCCAGGUUCUCACUGUGGAAGGUGUGACCAAAAGAAGGUUCAAGAACAUGGUGUUAGAGGCCACCAGGGAACAGAGAUUUGAGAGGGUGACAAGAAGCUUGAAGGUCACUAGGUUUUUCUCCACACUGGUUGAGGAACUGAAGGCCAUAGGACCAUCUAGCCGUGAUGAUUCGCCACGGAAUGAUGUGAUGGUCCCGGUAGCGCACUGCAACCGCAGCCCGGUUUUACUCCUGAUGGGUGGUGGGAUGGGAGCCGGCAAGAGCACUGUACUUAAAGAUAUCCUCAAGGAAGCAUUUUGGUCUGGAGCAUCAGCGAAUUCAGUGGUGGUGGAGGCAGAUGCAUUCAAGGAAACCGAUGUAAUCUACCGAGCCAUUAGCUCUAGAGGCCAUCACAAUGACAUGCUGCGGACGGCAGAGCUGGUGCACCAGUCAUCAUUGGACGCGGCCUCCUCGCUCCUUGUCACUGCCCUCAACGAAGGCCGGGACGUGAUCAUGGAUGGCACUCUGUCCUGGGAGCCAUUCGUGGAGCAAACAAUUGCCAUGGCCAGGGACGUGCACAGGCAGCGGUACCGCAUGGGACGCGGCUACAAGGUCAGCGAUGAUGGGACGAUAACCGAGGAGUACUGGGAGCCGGUUGAGGCUGAGGAUUCUAGUACUGAAGAGGAGAACGAGGCAACAGGAAGGAAGCCUUACCGGAUCGAGCUCGUGGGUGUGGUCUGCGAUGCCUAUCUAGCAGUUGUCAGGGGAAUCAGGAGAGCUGUAAUCACCGGUAGAGCAGUGAGGGUGAAGUCACAGCUGCAGUCUCACAAGCGAUUUGCUACCGCUUUCAGAAGCUACUGCAGCCUUGUUGACAAUGCAAGGCUCUACAGCACCAACACCUUGGGUUCUGCUAAGUUGAUAGGAUGGAAGGAUGGCGGGAGCAAUUUGCUGGUGGAUCCUGAAGAGAUCGGCUGCUUAGAGAGAGUGAGCAGCUUGAACGAGGAGGCCGACUGCGUCCACGAGCUGUACGCCGACGGCCAACCGACCGGCGGCUCGUCAUCAGUGUGGCAAGACCUGGUCAUGUCGCCGUCGAGGGCACCGACGCAGCGGGAGCUCAAGGCUGCCAUCGAGAAGGGCGAGGCGCGCUUUCAGACCCGCAUUGCUGUAGCCGCUGGCUGACUGGCGUACCAUCCCAAGAAAAAAGAAGUCGCAGUCCAUGUAAACUUGAUUGUGGAGGGAGCCUAUAAUUUUUGGCUUCUUUUCAAACAUCGGAAUUUGACCCUUGAAAAUAAUCAUGCAGUGAUUCCUCCGAACUAGUUAUCCAAACUGAUUUCCAUAUUAAA